AUGGCUGCUUCCACAACGAACGCUGAAGCCAAGCCGGCUGCCGAUGUCGAGUACGACGAGUACCGCCAGCAGCCGCCGACUCAAGUUGCUCCUGGGGAUGUCGACGAGCUGCCUAAGAACUACUACUACAGCCCACGCUUCAUCGGCAGUGGCUUUGCUAUUGCUAUCAACCUGCUGGCUAGCACGGGCGGCUUCGCUAUGAUUGCACCCAUCUUGGGUCAGAUCGAUGCGGACAUUGGCCCCGGUUCGAUUAUUUGGCUGUCUCUCGUGUACACGAUGAUGUUGGCCGUGGGCCUGACACUGGUUGGCCAAAUGUCGGACGUGUUCGGCAGGCGCUACUUUUUCAUCGGUGGCACACUUCUGGGUGCUGUCGGUGCCACGAUUGCGUCGCGUGCACAGACAAUCCCAGUGGCCAUCGGCGGCGAGGUUCUCGUGGGCUUGUCAGCGGCCACGGGAUACUCGUACGCCUUUGUCAUUGGCGAACUUGUCCCCAUGAAGUGGCGCUUUAUGGCCAAUGCUGUCAUCUUCUGGGGAUCGAUGCCUACGGCCGGAUUCGGAUCGGCUAUCUCGACUGCGUUUGUACUGUACACGGAACAGGGCUGGCGUUGGGCCUACUACCUCUUGAUUAUCGCCAACGUCACAGCGGCGGCCCUCUACUCUCUGUUUUACUUUCCGCCUAGCUUCCACCAGAAACACGGCGCAGACACCAUUAUGCGCUGGGUCAAAAAUUAUGACUACGUUGGUAUGUUUUUGUAUGUCGCCGGUCUGCUCCUGUUUAUCCUAGGCCUGUCAUGGGGUGGUAGCAUCUACCCAUGGAAGUCAGCGGGCGUAAUUGCGCCCAUCAUCAUCGGCUUCUUGUGCCUGGUUGCAUUGAUGGUGUACGAGGCCAAGGCAAACAUUGCCGAGCCACUUGUUCCCAUGCACCUGUUCAAGAACCGCGGCUUCGUGGCAUCGGCAAUUGUGCUGUCGCUCGGAGCUUCGGUGUACUACUCCCAGGCUAUUGUAUGGCCAUCCAUGGCUUCCAACGUCUAUGCCAACGGGCGCGCGAUGUGGGCCGGCUGGGCGGGUACGCUGGUCGGCAUUGGCAUCACUAUCGGUGAAAUCAUCGGCGGUACGGUGGCCAAGCACAUUGGCCACUUCAAGUACCAGCUGCUCGCUCUCAUUUCAUUCAGCACAAUCAGUCUGGGAUCGAUGGCAACGUGCACUCCUGACACGCCGAAGACGGCCAUGGGCCUCGUGUUCUUGGGGUCGACGGCCGUCGGCUGGGCCGAGGCCAUUGUGCUGCCGGCUUGCAAUAUCUGCAUCAAGGACCAGAGUGAGAUUGGAACGGCCACGGGGAUUGCUGGCUCGCUGCGGAGCGCCAUCUCAACCGUGGCAUCGACCAUUUACAGCGUUGUGCUGACGGCACGCGAGACUACCACGCUGUCGACCAUUGUGCCAGAGGCACUCACCAAGGCCGGCUUGUCGCCGGCAUCCGUGGAGGAGUACAUGGUGGAAGUUGCGGCGGGCAAGACAGUGGCCGAUCUCGGCAAGAUUUCAGGCGUGACGGCGGAUAUCAUUGCUAUCGGCACGCGAGCGUACCAGAUGGCCUAUGCAGACUCGUAUCGCACCAUCUUCUUCACGAGUAUUGCGUUUGGCGUGAUGGCGCUGAUUGUCGCGCUCUUUGUGCCCAACUUUGAUGCGCUAUUGACAAACGAGGUGGCCACGCAGCUCAAUUUGUCGGGGAAGGAGGCCAAUAUGUCGAAUGACGAGAAGGUGUGA